AUGGCAUCCACGCCGCUGCUAUCGCAAUUCACGAUAUACUACCCCCAACAGUCGUCCACGUUCAAGUGGAUUACAAAGCUCAUUACCGCCGCCGGUGGCAACAUUGCAAUCUCACCCACGGAUGGCAAGAUUAAUGUCAUUUUGUUUGCCCUGCCGAUUGUGGACGACGGAGCUGCCACGAGCACCGUCCUCCACUACGAGUACACGAAACUCAUCGCUCGAUUCAGCGGCAGAGAGGACACCCACAUGCUCAGCGUCGAGUGGAUUCACUUUGCCAUGGCCGAGCAUCUCCAGGAACACCCUCGCGAGAGCAUGGAGCCGUUCACGAUGGACGAUACGCGCAUCCUGUUGGUGUUGCGCCACACGCACCCCCACAAGAAACGUCGCCUUCCGUUGGAUACCCCAGAUACAUCCCGUGCGGCUACCAAGAUUGUCACUCACGGCCACCUGCCCACAGCGGCAGCCCCCAACCAUUUGUCCCGUUCGGCAGGUGACAUCAAGACCACACGUACCGCUCCCCACAAGCGCCCCAACAUCCCUCAGGCCCUUGCAAUUGUCCAAAACACAUGGUCCUCGAAACAGGAGCAGCACCAGAAAAAGCAGGAUGGAGUACUCCGCCAGAGUCUGGCCGCAAAGGCCCACCUCGGGGAACUCCCCAAGCUGCCCAAGCUUCCUCCCCGACACCGCAAUCUCUUUGUGACUACUAGGGACGGCACUUUCGCACGAGUUGUUCCCUCUUCGUCCGCCCCACCAACCAGCUCACAGACCGACAACCACACCGGCCCGUCGCACGGCCGACCUCCCACAAUGUCGAGUUCCUCCCCAACCGGCUCGACAGCCACCACUACCAUGGCCGCCACUGUCACGCCGAACGGGCGCGCCAGCCAAGACUGGCGGAACGCACUUCUCGGCAACUGGCGGCCCAAACCCAAGGCCGACAAGCCCAUUGCACUUGAAAAGUGGAUUCUCAACCAAAAGCAGUCGCUUAACCUUAGUGGCUAA